UCAUCCUCUUAUAUUAAUUUUUCGAUCACUUAUAUGUAAAAACAAUCACACUUUCCCUUGAGAUAUUAGCAGUUUCCCCUUGGUCCUGUCUCCUCGUCCACGCUGGUUUGUUUUGGUGCCGGGUCGUCACAAUUACACCCAGCAGUAAAGUGACCUAAAAUGCCACCCAAAAAGCCAGCCGCCCCUGAGCCCAAGCCCCUGAUUGGCCGUGUGGGCACCAACCUCAAGGUGGGCAUCGUGGGCCUGCCAAACGUGGGCAAGUCAACCUUCUUCAAUGUGCUCACCAAGUCUUCCGCUACGGCUGAGAACUUUCCCUUCUGCACCAUCGAUCCUAAUGAAAAUAAGGUUCCUGUGCCUGAUGCAAGGUUCGAGUACCUGGUUGAGUUCCACAAGCCUGUCAGCAAGGUGCCUGCCUUCCUCAAUGUGACUGACAUCGCUGGACUGGUCAAGGGUGCUGCCGAGGGUCAGGGCCUUGGGAAUGCCUUCCUUUCCCACAUCAAGGCCUGUGAUGCACUCUUCCACCUCACCCGUGCAUUUGACGACGAUGAUGUCACCCACGUGGAGGGCGACAUCAACCCUGUCAGGGACCUGGAGAUCAUCCUGGACGAACUGCGCCUGAAGGACAUUGAGUAUAUUGAGAGUGUGUAUGAGAAAAUGUUUAAACUGGUGGAGCGUGGUGGAGACAAGAAGCUGAAGCCCGAGUUUGACUGUGUGUGUAAGAUCCGACACAUGCUGAUGGAAGAGAAGAAGCAGAUUCGGUUUGGUGACUGGGAUACCAAAGAGAUUGAGGUACUGAACAGGCAUCUUCUCAUCACCAGUAAACCCAUGAUCUACCUCGUGAACCUGUCUGAGAAGGACUACAUCAGGAGAAAGAACAAGUGGCUGGUCAAGAUCAAGGAAUGGAUCGACACCAACGACCCCGGCGCCAUGCUGAUCCCCUUCUCGGGUGCCUUCGAGCUCCGGCUGGCGGACAUGGACGAGGAGCAGCGCGCCAACACCCUCAAGGAGCUCAACGCCACCAGUGCCCUGGACAAGAUCAUCGUGCAGGGCUACAAGGCGCUGCAGCUCAUGUACUUCUUCACCAGCGGCCCGGACGAGUGCAAGGCCUGGACCAUACAGAAAGGAACAAAGGCCCCGCAGGCAGCUGGCAAGAUCCACACUGACUUUGAGAAAGGCUUUGUCAUGGCUGAGGUGAUGAAGUUUGAUGACUUCAAGGAGGAAGGAUCUGAGGCAGCUGUCAAGGCUGCUGGAAAGUACCACCAACGGGGUCGCAACUAUGUGGUGGAGGAUGGAGACAUCAUCUUCUUCAAGUUCAACACUGGCGGCCUCAAGAAGAAGUGAGACUGGGCGUGCCUAGUGCUGAUAAUGGUCCUCUACAUCCAGAUGGCGGCGUGCUUCGUCUGCACUCAUCUGUGAUUUAAUUAUUUCCCCUUAUCAUUUUUUAACAUUAAAUCCUAAACAGUGGGUUUA